UGUGGACGCCCAUGGGCUCAUGCCUAGGACAAUAGAGGAUCUCUGUCUUCAUUUUGCUUCCUUGGACAUUUUUAAUAAUGAUUUGCCACUUCAAGCAAUUUAACUAAUGUAGCCAUCCUGCUAACAUGGCUAUUAUUUAAAUUGUGCAAAGUAUAUUCUGUGUAAAAUCAUAUUGCUGGGACUUGUAGUUCUAUUAAUCUUCAGCACUGAAACAGUUAAUUGCUGAAGACCUUGCUGGGCUUGCAGUUUCCCUCCUACAGGAAGAAGAAAGAUUCCUGCCACCAAUAGGAGAGCAGCUUUCAGACUGAGGAGUUGCAGCCAAUGAGGGAAAGACUGACUUCUGAAAGAAGGAAAAAGGAAGAGGGAGAACUUCCAGGAAGGCAGAGGAGAUCUGGGGGAGAUAGAGUUAUACCCAGAGCUGUGCUGCAUGUGAGAUGGAAUCCUUUCUUCACAGAGACCAGUGACUGUCUGCUAUCUGAAGAGGAGUGUUACAGAUCACACCACAUGGUGACUGCUUAGUCUGCUCAAUAUCUGGAGAAACUGUAAGCAGUUUUCAGUGAGUGCUACCUGUUGAUUUUGACUCUCACUUAAUCAGGCAUUGCAGGGCUUUAGACAAGCCAAUAACAGUUAGGACUAGAGACAGGACUUUUAUAUCUGCCUGCCUGCAAUCCAUUCUGAAGGGUAAAGGCCUAUUUGGAGAGGAUUAUUCAUAUAUCACCAAUAUUCAUAUAUCACCAAUAAUUCAGCUUGUGUCAUUUUCUGCGUGUGCUCUCCUGAGUGAAGCCUCCCACUACAGCCUGGUGGAUCACAACUACUGUUUAUUUGCCUUGUGGAUUACAAAUACUGGUUUAUAUAUGAGCUCCAACUGCCGGCCUUACUGCUAUUAUUAACACUGGCCAGUGUUCAGGGAAUUUGACUUAAACAUUAUCUGAGUUGACUAGAUCAGUCUGUUUAUUAUUCAUUGUCAUUUUCUAACGUUUGAUAUUGCAUUAGUGCUAUAACUGUGUGUUCAGAUGCUUUGACUUAUUUGUUGAAACAUAUUGCUAAAAGAGAGAUUGUUCAAUUUAUCCUUAUUACUGGGUCUUCGGAUCUGAUAAAAGUGCUUGCUAUUACACUGCUGGUUUAUGUGUAUCACUGGGGGUUGUGAGUGUCACCAGAGGUGGACGAGAGCAGGACCCAUCUAACACAGCUACACCUACGGGUGCGCUACAUUUGGGGGUGUUCGGCCUGUGAUUGGCUGUGCUAGCAUUUUUUGUUGAAUUGUGCUAAACGUCAGAGGGCAGAUAGGAGGAACUGGUGUAGCUUAGUAAAUCCUCUUAGCCAGAGCCUUUGACGAGGAUCCAUUGUUAAUGUAGAAAUAACGAGAAAUUAAUGUACAAUUCCGAAAACCCAGUAGAGAAUUAUAGUUCUUCCCAGGGCCGCGGCGCUCAAACCGGAAAGCUAACAAGUCUGUCAGUCUGAAUCCACGCUGCUUCUCUCCAGGCGCAUGCAAACCUGCAAGGUGUGUUAUUGGGUUAUUACCCUGUGUGAUACGGGUGGGGAACUACUAGUUAUUGCAGAGGAGCUGUUAUAGUACCCCAGCACCGACCUACCCUCACUGUGCUUGGCCUGUGUAGCCUUCCUGUAUUCUGACUGGUCCUUAUCGCUUACCUGCACCUGUCUGGCCCACACGAACUACCAUUGUACUUACAGUCUUUGUGACAGAUUCGUCUUUAUUCCUGACUUUGCCACAAGGGCCCCAAAUCACCUGCCAAAGUGAUACUGACAGUCACAGUCAGUAUUAGGUCACCUCUAUGUUAUUACCAUUUAACUGGUCAGCAAGACACCAUCAUGCAUCCGCUUUUUGAAAACUAAUUUCAGCCAGAUCAUCAUAUUAAAUUUUUCUGAAUUGGAAUUGCCCCUCUCAUGUGUGCAAGUAUGAGUCGUGUGUAGGCUCCACAAAUCUGGAUCAUCUACAGAGGCCAAAAGUGUAUUGAAAUCACUUAAAAAAACACAGCACUGGCUUUUGUAGCACUGCAUAACUAGGACUGCAAAACCUGAACUGUACAUCGCUCAUCAAGAAUAACUGAUCAAGGAAAUCAAGGACAGCAUCCAACAUGUCUCAGGAUGAAAGAGCCAAGCAAAUCCUGAAGGGAUUCAAAUUAAACUGGAUGAAUCUCCGAGACGCAGAAACUGGGAAAAUUCUGUGGCAGGGUACAGAGGACCUUUCCAUUCCAGGGGUUGAACACGAAGCUCGUGUACCAAAGAAAAUUUUAAAGUGCAAAGCUGUUUCUAGGGAGCUAAAUUUCUCUUCUGCAGAACAGAUGGAGAAGUUCAGACUGGAGCAGAAAGUAUACUUCAAAGGGCAAUGUCUAGAAGAGUGGUUCUUUGAGUUUGGUUUUGUGAUCCCCAAUUCUAUGAACACUUGGCAGUCCCUAAUAGAGGCUGCCCCAGAAUCCCAGAUGAUGCCAGCUAAUGUUUUAACUGGUAAUGUCGUCAUAGAAACAACUUUCUUCGAUGAUGACCUCCUUGUUAGUACUUCCAGAGUUAGACUUUUCUACGUUUGA